UCGAUGGUGUCGGUGUAUUUAAGGAUUAAAUUCGGCAACUCAUGUCUCUCAUGUUCGCCGCAAUGUGACACGAUGUAUACGAUUGUUAAAGGUACUCAUAACGGGGCCAGCAGAAACACCGUACGCAAACGGCUGUUUUGAAUUUGACGUAUACUUCCCUCCCGACUAUCCUAAUAGCCCAAUGUUAAUAAACUUAGAGACAACCGGUCGUCACACCGUGCGUUUUAAUCCGAAUUUAUACAAUGACGGAAAGGUCUGUCUCAGCGUACUAAACACUUGGCACGGUCGGCCCGAGGAAAAGUGGAAUGCUCAUACAAGUAGUUUUCUUCAGGUUUUGGUAUCGAUACAAUCGCUAAUCUUGGUAUCCGAACCCUAUUUCAACGAACCUGGAUAUGAACGAUCACGGGGCACGUCGAGCGGUGCUCAAUCUAGUCAAGAGUACAAUGCGAAUAUUUGUCAGGCUACCGCCAAAUGGGCAAUGCUCGAUCAAAUUCGCAAUCCUUGUCCAUGUUUCAAGGAGGUAUGUAUAUAAUAAAAAUGGCCUUUA